GCUGUGUGGGACUGAUACAGUGGCUGGCUUAAAAUGUGUACAGUGUAACACCAUGAACAACGAGGCGUGCUAUAACGGCAACAAGAUAGCGGCUGUGAACUGCACAGAGACGGGCGACCCAGCUUUCUACUGUGUCAAGUCCUACGGGACCUUGGUGUCAGGCUCAGGUCAUUUUGUGGCCCGGAUGUGCUCCCACCACCCCCAGACGAACUGCACGCGCCAGACCAGCCACGGGGACCUGUACACCGUCUGCCACUACUCAUGCACGACCGACGGCUGCAACAGUGCUCACCAAAUUAGUGCCGGACUGCCGCAAGUCAUGGCUGUGUUUCUCGUCUGUCUGUCUGCCGCCUACGUGCUGGUCAGGGACGUUUGA